AGCGACACCUAGCGGCUCCUUUCCUGACAAACAUUCCUGGAAGGUGUUCAGCCAUUAGCCUGCAGGGUUCGGAAAGGCCCCGAAAACUUUCACCGAGAUGAUUUAUAGCAGCUCAUUUCCGCAGGAGCGCUGAAGAAAGGUUUUAUCAGGCUGAUUUUUAUCAAAACCAACCUGAGCUUCAACCUCCACACUUAGUUAAACAUUGCUUUUUACAGCCCCUACGGUCAUUUCUCUCUUUUUUUUUUCUUUUACUCUGCGUCGCCACGUUUGGACUCCGUUAAACCUCCGUUUCUCUUCAGCAGAGAUGAACCCCAGCAGCGGAAAGCGCAGCGGGAAGACUUUCCUGUUCACGUCCGAGUCUGUGGGGGAAGGACACUCUGAUAAAAUGUGCGAUCAGAUCAGCGACGCCGUCCUGGAUGCUUACCUGAGUCAGGACCCGGACUCUAAGGUGGCCUGUGAGUGUGUGGCAAAGACUGGCAUGAUUUUACUGGUGGGAGAAGUGACAUCUAAAGCCAUCGUGGAUCUCCAGUCCAUCGUCCGAGACACCAUCAAGAAGAUCGGCUAUGAUGACUCGUCGAAAGGUUUCGACUACAAGACCUGCAACGUGCUGGUGGCCCUGGAGCCGCAGGCCGAGGAGAUAUCAGACUGUGUGUUUGAAGGAAGAGAUCAGGAGGACAUCGGGGCUGGGGACCAGGGCUUGAUGUUUGGCUACGCCACUGAUGAGACGGAGGAGUGCAUGCCUCUAACCCUCCUGCUGGCUCACAAACUCAACCGCAGGAUGAGGGAGCUUUCUCUUAACGGAGAGUGUCCUUGGAUACUACCAGACUCCAAGUCACAGGUUACGGUGGAGUACCGAGACAGCGAGGGCGCCCUGGAGCCGCUGCGCAUCCACACCGUGGUCAUCUCCGUGCAGCACAGCCCCGACAUCACCCUGCAGGAGAUCAGACACAACCUGAUGGAGAAGGUGGUGAAAGUUGUCGUUCCUGCCAAGUAUCUGGACGAGAAAACCAUCUACCACCUGCUGCCGAGUGGCAAGUUUCUGAUGGGAGGCCCACAGGGUGACGCAGGACUCACAGGACGUAAAAUCAUCGUGGACACCUACGGAGGGUGGGGCGGCCACGGAGGUGGAGCUUUUUCUGGGAAGGACUACUCCAAAGUGGAUCGGUCAGGUGCCUACGCGGCCCGUUGGGUCGCCAAGUCUCUGGUCAAAGCGGGGCUGUGCAAGAGGGCCCUCGUUCAGAUCUCGUACGCCAUCGGUGUGAGUCACCCGCUCUCCAUCACCGUGUUCCACUACGGCACGUCGGACAGGGACGAAGACGAGCUGCUGCAGAUAGUGAAGAAGAACUUUGACCUCCGACCUGGAGUCAUCGUUAGAGAGCUGGGACUAAAGCGGCCGAUUUACCAGGCCACGGCCUGCUACGGUCACUUUGGAAGAAAAGAGUUUCCAUGGGAACAACCCAAGAAACUUGUGUUUUAACUCAAGAUAUUAACAGAUAUGCCCAAGAUCAUUAGCAAAAUACAUUUUAGUGUUGUUGAUUUAUUUCUUUGUUCUUUAAUGAAAUCACAGAUGAAGAUUUAUGUAAGCCGUUUAAUAUACAGUCGUAGGCACCCUAUGAAGAUACGUAUGUUUAGCAUAUUCUUAAAAACUCUUAAAUUCAUGUACCUAAAAUUAAGGUCUUCAAUUCAUUUUAGAAAAUGUUAGUAGGUCUUAAAUUUGUUAAUCACAGGUCUGAAAUUUUGCAUUCUAUGUAGUUUAAUUUUCUCGUGAGACUUUUCUGUCAGGCAAACAUUUGCAUCGCCCGCAGACGUCAUUUCAUUCUGUGACUCGAGGCGAUUGAGGCUAACGCUAACUGCCUGCUAAUAAAAUAGGAAAUGGUAAUGAACCUAUGACCUCAUUUCACGUCCUGUAAAUGGAUUUAAUAAUUCUCCGUGAGAUUUUCUUUCUUUCUUUUUUUUUACUUUGAAUAUACUCAAUUGUGACCUAAUUCUUGUUUUAAACUUCUCCCCGAACCGUCCGCUGUCCUCCUUGAUCUCCAUGUUCGCCGUUUGUUUUCCAAUAAACCUCUGAGGCCUUCACUGA